CUCCAAGGUGGUUUGAGGGUCUCCAGAGUUGGUUUGAAGGUCCCUGUGGUUCUCCAAGGUGGUUUGAGGGUCUCCAAAUGUGGUUUGAGGGUCUCUAAACUUGGUUUGAAGGUCCCUGAGGUUCUCGAGAUGUGGUUUAAGGUUCUCCAGAGUUGGUUUGAAGGUCCCCAGGGCCCACAGAUGUGGUUUGAGGUUCUCCAAAGUUGGUUUGGAGAUCCCUGAAGUUCUCUAAGGUGGUUUGAGGGUCUCCAGAGUUGGUUUGAAGGUCCCUGAGGUUCUCCAAGGUGGUUUAAGGUUCUCCAGAGUUGGCUUGAAGGUCCCUGAGGUUCUCGAGAUGUGGUUUGAGGUUCUCCAAAGUUGGUUUGAAGGUCCCUGAGGUUCUCUAAGGUGGUUUGAGGGUCUCCAGAGUUGGUUUGAAGGUCCUUGAGGUUCUCCAAGGUGGUUUGAGGGUCCCCAGAGUUGGUUUGAAGGUCCCUGAGGUUCUCGAGAUGUGGUUUGAGGGUCUCCAGAGUUGGUUUGAGGGUCUCCAGAGUUGGUUUGAACAUCCCUGAGGUUCUCUAAGGUGGUUUAAGGUUCUCCAAGGUUGGUUUGAAGGUCCCCAAGGCCCACAGAUGUGGUUUGAGGGUCCCCAAAGUUGGUUUGAAGGUCCCUGAGGUUCUCUAAGGUGGUUUGAGGGUCUCCAAAGUUGGUUUGAAGGUCCUUGAGGUUCUCCAAGGUGGUUUGAGGGUCUCUAAAAGUGGUUUGAAGGUCUCUGAAGUUGGUUUGAAGGUCCCUGAGGUUCUCCAAGGUGGUUUGAGGUUCUCCAGAGCUGGUUUGAAGGUCCCCACGGUUCUCUAAGAUGGUUUGAGGGUCUCCAGAGUUGGUUUAAAGGUCCCUGAGGUUCUCCAAGGUGGUUUGAGGGUCCCCAAAGUUGGUUUGAAGGUCCCUGAGGUUCUCUAAGGUGGUUUGAGGUUCUCCAGAGUUGGUUUGAAGGUCCUUGAGGUUCUCCAAGGUGGUUUGAGGGUCCCCAAAGUUGCUUUGGAGAUCCCUGAGGUUCUCCAAGGUGGUUUGAGGUUCUCCAAAGUUGGUUUGAAGGUUCCCAAGGCCCACAGAUGUGGUUUGAGGGUCUCCAAAGUUGGUUUGAAGGUCCCUGAGGUUCUCCAAGGUGGUUUGAGGGUCUCUAAAAGUGGUUUGAAGGUCUCUGAAGUUGGUUUGAAGGUCCCUGAAGUUCUCUAAGGUGGUUUAAGGGUCUCCAAAGUUGGUUUGAAGGUCCUUGAGGUUCUCCAAGGUGGUUUGAGGGUCUCCAAAGUUGGUUUGAGGGUCCCCAGGACCCCCAACCCAACCCCUCCACAUCUCCCCCCCCAGGCCAAAGCGGCGCCGGCAACAACUGGGCCAAGGGUCACUACACGGAGGGCGCCGAGCUGGUGGACUCGGUGCUGGACGUGGUGCGCAAGGAGGCCGAGAGCUGCGACUGCCUGCAGGGCUUCCAGCUGACCCAUUCCCUGGGGGGCGGCACCGGCUCGGGCAUGGGCACCCUGCUGAUCUCCAAGAUCCGCGAGGAGUACCCCGACCGCAUCAUGAACACCUUCAGCGUGGUGCCCUCGCCCAAAGUGUCGGACACGGUGGUGGAGCCCUACAACGCCACGCUGUCGGUGCAUCAGCUGGUGGAGAACACGGACGAGACGUACUGCAUCGACAACGAGGCGCUCUACGACAUCUGCUUCCGCACCCUCAAGCUGACCACGCCCACCUACGGCGACCUCAACCACCUGGUGUCGGCCACCAUGAGCGGCGUCACCACCUGCCUGCGCUUCCCCGGGCAGCUCAACGCCGACCUGCGCAAGUUGGCCGUCAACAUGGUGCCCUUCCCGCGGCUGCACUUCUUCAUGCCGGGCUUCGCGCCGCUGACGUCGCGGGGCAGCCAGCAGUACCGCGCCCUCACCGUGCCCGAGCUCACCCAGCAGGUGUUCGACGCCAAGAACAUGAUGGCCGCCUGCGACCCGCGGCACGGGCGCUACCUGACGGUGGCCGCCGUCUUCCGGGGCCGCAUGUCCAUGAAGGAGGUGGACGAGCAGAUGUUGAACGUGCAGAACAAGAACAGCUCGUACUUCGUGGAGUGGAUCCCCAACAACGUGAAGACGGCGGUGUGCGACAUCCCGCCGCGGGGGUUGAAGAUGGCCGUCACCUUCAUCGGGAACAGCACGGCCAUCCAGGAGCUCUUCAAGAGGAUCUCGGAGCAGUUCACGGCCAUGUUCCGGCGCAAGGCGUUCCUGCACUGGUACACGGGAGAAGGGAUGGACGAGAUGGAGUUCACCGAGGCCGAGUCCAACAUGAACGACCUCGUCUCCGAGUACCAGCAGUACCAGGACGCCACGGCCGAGGAGGAGGAGGAUUUCGGGGAGGAGGCCGAAGAGGAGGCUUGAGGGGGUUUGGUCCUUGUGGUGGUGGUGGUGGUGGUGGAGUGUCUUCUCCUGCCUCGGGUGUCGUCAUUGUCGUCGUCGGUGUUGGCAUCGGGCACGGGCGGCAGCGGAGUUCCCACCCUGACCUUCAGC